AUGACACCUUCAGAUCACCUCAUCUUCAUUGGUGGACCCUCUGGAACAGGGAAGACUACAAUUGCAACACUUUUAGCCCAAAGGCUGAAUGGACAUUAUAUAGAAGGUGAUGAAUAUCAUCCAAAGGCUAACAUAGAUAAAAUGGCCAAUGGUAUUCCGCUUACAGAUGAAGAUAGAUGGCCAUGGCUAAAAAAGCUCAAUCAGGUUGCAGUUAGCAGCUUUUCGGAUAUGAAAUUCGAGACUGAUGAAAGGUAUAUCAUAGUUUCAUGUUCUUUACUGAAGAAGAAGUACAGGGAUUUUAUUCGCGAGCAAAAUAGAGAAUCGCCGAUCUCUGUUAAGAUGUUCAUGCUAUAUGAUGAUUUUGACCAGAUUUACAUGCGGAUGACCAAUAGAAAAGGGCAUUACAUGAAGGCAGGGAUGCUCAAAUCUCAGUUUGCCGAUUUGGAGCUUCCAAAAGAUGAUGAAGCUUCUGUUGGUGUGUUUAAGGUUUACUGCAAAAAUAAAGACCCCAGCAAAAUAGAGGCUGAGAUUGUGCAGGCUUUGUGA